AUGAUCGUAUGGUACCUCGUACUUGCAGUGGUUAUCAAUUUCGAAAUGAAAUUGAGAAACAUGGGCUCGAUUAAUGAAAGGAGUUGCUUUGUUGCAGCAAUCGAUCUUUUGGUGACGUCAUUUACCCAAAGAGCAUCUUACAUAACGUUAACUACACAUACCGGGAGGAUCGCGUGCUACAGUAUCUAUAUUUUUCUAAUGUUGAUAAAUGUGGCAUAUACGGCACAUUUCUUGGUUUUAUUACACUCGGCAACCAAAAAUGUGCAACGAUUUGAUGACCUACUGGAUAAAAAUAUUGCUUUGGGUACCGAUUCGGUAUCAUAUAACACUUACUAUUUCCUGAACCCUAGUGACUUGGUGCAGGAAGCUACUCGUCAAAGAAUUUACCAGUACGCUUUGAAACAUAGUAAUCGAUUUUGGCUUAAUGCCUCGCAAGGUAUUAAUUUCGUUAAGCAAGGAGGAUAUGCCUUUCAUAUUGCCAGCACUGUUGGAUAUGUUGAAGUUGCUAAACAGUUUGACGAAGCAACAAAACGAUCUCUGCGUACAAUUGAUUCAGUAAUUCAAUUUUUAACGUACAUAUGCGUUCC